UCUGACAGAGUUGAUUUUUUGACGUAAGAAACAAUAAUAAAUAAUAUAUAAUGUCGUCCCCUAGACCAAAAUCACCAAGAACCCCAAAUUCUGCUAAAAAAGAAGACAAAGAAGAAACUUUUUGGGAUAAAAUUGGCACUUUAGGACGCAGAAAACGCAUAAAAGAAGUACAAGAAGUUCAAGCUGAAGGCAAAUAUGCAAUCGAUGCACCUGGAAGUCCGAAUAUUCCUGAGAUACCUCCAGAAGAGUAUGCACUUGAGGACAAUGAAGAAAGAUCCAUUAUACAGCCUCAAUCAUUACAAGAUCCACGGGUCAAAGAAUUAAUACAAGUUCUUGUUGAUUGGAUAAAUGACGAACUAGCUGACCAAAGAAUCAUAGUAAAAGACAUUGUUGAAGAUUUAUAUGAUGGACAGGUUUUGCAAAAAUUAUUGGAAAAGUUAACAGGACGAAAGCUGGAUCUACCAGAAGUCACACAAUCUGAAACUGGACAAAGACAGAAGUUGGACACUGUAUUGGCUGACUGCAACACGGUAUUUAAAAUAAAUGAUAAAAUAAAAAAAUGGAGUGUGGAUUCAAUUCAUUCAAAGAAUCUUGUAUCGAUUUUACAUUUACUUGUAGCCUUGGCACGCCAUUUUAGAGCUCCUAUUCGUUUACCAGAAUGCGUCAGUGUUACUGUAAUUGUUGUACAGAAGAAUGGACAAAUGCUUAAUCACAAAAUGAUACAAGAAGAAAUUACAACACGAUAUGAUGAUUUGGGGAUGCGCUGUGAGAAAGAUGCAUUUGAUACAUUGUUUGAUCAUGCUCCUGAGAAAUUGGAGAUUGUGAAGAAGAGUCUUAUUACUUUUGUUAAUAAACAAUUAAUGAAAGUUAAUCUAGAGGUAAAUCAGCUAGAAACACAAUGUGAUGGUGUUUAUCUUUGCCUGCUAAUGGGACUUCUAGAAGGAUUUUUCAUUCCUUUAUAUGAUUUUCAUUUAACACCUCAAGAUCAUGAUCAAAAAGUUCAUAAUGUAGCUUUUGCUUUUGAUUUGAUGCAAGAAUGUGGUUUGCCACGGUGCAAAGCCAGACCAGAAGAUAUUGUAAACGCUGAUUUGAAGUCAACAUUAAGAGUGCUUUAUACAUUAUUUACAACAUACAAGAAUUCAUCUUAAAAAUAAGUAUUCAAUUGUGACUUGCUUUUGCAUUAGUUUUUUAAAUGAUAGAAGCUUUAGUAAUUUAGCAAAAAGCUAACAGUCACAGAAGAUGUAUACACAUGAAUAUAUAUAUAUUUAUAAAAAAAAUAAUGUAUGUAAUUAUAAUAAGUAUUUUAACAUUAUAAAAC